AUGCCUGCCGUCACGCAUGCUGAGGUGGCUGUUGAGCAGCCGUUGUCGACUAUCAGCUCUUACCAUCUCUUCUCAGCUUCUCAUAUAUGCGCCGGUCUCGCCAUUUUGGGCCUUCUUGCCAUCUUCCGCCUCGUGGUCUAUACCAUGUCCAAGUCAAAAUCAGGAAACGGAAAUACAAGCCAGGCUCACCGAGACGGGCAAGUUGAUGACGAUCUGAGCCACUUGGUCAAUCAGCAAAGUCUCCACCAUCACUUCUUCCACGACAGGAUCUGGCCCAUGGAGGAGAAGUCACGUGGAGUCAGCAGUAAUACCGCAACUGCGGAGGAUGGGUUCAGCAGGAAAACAGGCCCAUUUUCGAGCCUCUCAACGGAGAAUGCGAAAGACGCAGGCGCGCGUAAGGAUGAUGAAGGCCGUGAGCGUACGCCGUCACCUGGCAGCAUGUUCGGCCCGGGAAAGCUUUCAGGCCUUACAUCGACAAGACUGAUGAUGUCGAGGCCGCCGCCCCCGCCUCCGCUUACGCCCCCAGAGCUGUCCCCGUCUGUUUUCACGUACGAUGAUCGCAGGAGGAGUUUCACCGGCUUCAACUCGGAACUCGAUGCAUCUUUCUUUGAGCAGCCCAACCCAGACUACAUGUCGUCCACAGAGACAGAGACAGAGACCGAGAUGGCGACGACAACGGCGACGCAAAACGUUCAGACUACGAGGUCGUCACCGACGCCUCGCAGGCGGUCUUACACCAAAACUCUACCUAUUGGGAUACCAGCUACCACGACGAGCUCCGCUUCUGAUGGACCUGGAACUGUCUUUUCUCCCUCGUCAUAUCCGCCAACAUCACCUCUUCUUCCAGGGCCGCCGCCGAUUCAUGGAGAGAUCCUUGAGGAUGGAACCUUUCGCGAGAUCAAGGUGCAAGGCGAGAUCAUUUCGAUGCUGGACGGCAGCGGAGCCGGUUGGAAACGCCACACCAGAGUAUAUGGAGGCGGUGUUUGCCUCGCAUGCGCGGCAUCCUGCGACGAUGGUCACCACGGCGGUUUCUAUGGUGAGAACGUUUUGCCAGAAGAGAGACGUUACUAG